CUUUCACACAGCGCAAUUUGAGAGGUUGAAUAAAAUACCUUGACCAAAUCAGACCUUAACAACACUUAAACCCAGCUCUAGGUUAUGCGUUACCCCACACUGUCACUAGACGAACGAACUUCCCGGUUUUUUUUUUACCCAACCGCGCUGCCUAUUUUUUGUUUUACCAAAAUGCAAGUAGAAUCGUCAAAACUUGAGCUAAGGCAAAUAUGCGUAGAAAUAUGUGGCAUGGCAGGGACCUGGUACCAUUACAUAAAGAUUGGUCGCGAAACAAUGAGCCAUUUUUCGGGCGUACGGUUGCACAUUUUGGAUUUGGAGAAUCGUUUAACCAAUCUUUCGAAUGAUCGUCUCCUUCGAGCGGCGGACAGAGAAAUUCGCACGAAGUACGAUAGACUUUCCUAUCCGAUUGCCGCGAUGAAAACCUAUCUGGAACAACUGCGCAAGGUACGGGAUAGGAUCUGUACAUUUUUAAGCCGCACGCGCAUGUUUAUGGAUGAUGAAAUCGUUGAGAAGUACGACAUAACCCCGAUAUUGAGAACACCGCAAGUGCUGGAGAUCCUAGAGUUCCUGCGCUCACGCUACGAUGCAGAGUGGGAGGUCAAAGAGAUGGUAGUCAUGUCGUUGGAGGACGUUGACAGCGCCUACGAAAUUGAAGUUCUAGUAAAGGCCUGGGGCGACUGUCGCCAUGCAAACGGCGAGGAGUUCGUUCAAAAAUUGUCGGCAUUCUGUAUUGCAGUUCGGGACGGUGUUCCACCUGAACAAAAUCCAAUUCAGUGCACAUUUUAACCCAAGAAAGUAUCU